ACCAAACUCGACUCGAACCAACGACACUUGAGCUUACCCAGCCCAUUCACCUCGUUCUCCACCGUCGAGCUUAGCCAUGUUCCCCAAGACCCUCCUCUCCUUCGCCAUGCUGGCUGCGACAGCCGCUGCGAUCCCGUCCGCCAACAAGCGGGCGACUUGCAGCGGUGGUCAGACCACAGCGAACGAGGCGUGCUGUGUAUGGUUCGAUGUUCUUGACGACAUCCAAACCAACCUGUUCCACGACGGCACUUGUGGCGAGGAAGCCCACGAGGCUUUGCGGCUCAUCUUCCACGAUGCCAUUGCCAUUUCCCCUGCCUUGACCGCCCAAGGACAGUUCGGUGGCGGAGGUGCAGAUGGUUCGAUCAUGGCGCACGUCGAUGUUGAGGGGGCUUAUCACGCCAACAAUGGCCUGGACGAGAUCAUCGAGUCCGAGCGUCCCUUCGCCCUCAAGCACAACGUCUCCUUUGGUGAUUUCAUCCAGUUUGCGGGUGCCGUCGGCGCCUCGAAUUGCAACGGUGGUCCCCAAAUUCCGUUCUUUGCGGGGCGGUCCAACGACUCGCAGCCGGCCCCAGACGGCCUUGUCCCUCUGCCGACCGACGAUGUUACGACGAUUCUUGACCGCAUUGGCGACGCCGGCGGCUUUGUGGCUGUCGAGCUCGUCUGGCUGCUCAUCUCGCACACCGUUGCCUCUCAGCACACCAUCGACCCCUCCGUUCCUGGCGCGCCGUUCGAUUCGACGCCGUCCGAUUUCGACGCCCAGUUCUUCGUGGAGACCCUUCUGAACGGCACCGCGCCUACUGGAAGCACCCUGGAGUCUGCUAACGGCGAAGCGCUUUCGCCUAUUCCUGGUGAGUUCCGCCUGGCGUCGGACUCUCUCAUCGCUAGGGAUAGCCGCACGGCCUGCGAGUGGCAGAGGUUGAUCACCGACCCCGACGACAUGGUGGCGAAGUUCGUGCAGACCGUCCAGAAGUUGUCUCUCCUCGGCUUUGACCAAAGCAUCCUCACCGACUGCUCUGACGUCAUCCCCGCCCCGUCCGGCUCCCCUGCGGCUGGUGUCUUGCCCGCCGGCAAGUCCUUCGACGACAUCCAGGCCUCCUGCACUACCUCUGCUUUCCCCACCACCAUCGCUACUCUGUCCGGCCCGGAGACAUCCAUUGCUCCCGUCCCUACUAACUCCUAAAUCCGAGGGAGGCACCGAACCGGCUAUCUGUGGUUCGACUCAUACCGGAGCUGAAGCGGUCAUGACGAGGUCACUGGUUCGUGGGUUGAAAGACUUAUGGGAGGUUUUGUGGGUAUCACAUCGGACAAUAUAUAUGGUGAAUGUAUGGGCAUAGAGAUACGCUUAGGAAUGGCACUUCAUAAAGCG